AUGGCUUGGUCCUUGGUGUUUCUCGGUGUCGUCUUGCUGUCUGCCUUCCCAGGGCCUAGUGCUGGGGGCCGCCCCAUGCCCAAGCUGGCUGACCGGAAGAUGUGUGCCGAUGAGGAAUGCAGCCACCCCAUCUCCAUGGCCGUGGCCCUUCAGGACUACGUGGCCCCUGACUGCCGUUUCUUGACCAUACACCAGGGCCAAGUGGUGUAUGUCUUCUCCAAGCUCAAGGGCCGAGGGCGGCUCUUCUGGGGAGGCAGUGUUCAGGGAGAUUACUAUGGAGACGGAGUUGCUCGCCUGGGCUAUUUCCCCAGUAGCAUCGUACGUGAAGACCAGACCCUGAAACCUGCCAAAACCGAUGUGAAGACAGAUAUAUGGGAUUUCUACUGCCAGUGA